GCCAGCAGGUGUGCCCCAAAGGCACGCAUGUCUGACGAGAGCAAGGCAGAGGAGCCUUAUGGAGACCACAAGAAGGUCGCGCAAGCACAGCCCAAGCAGAGACUGGUAGAUGACGCCAAGGAUCGCGAGGACCGAGUGAGACGAGAUGACGGCUCAAAGUCGGACAGCCGUAGGACGAAAGGUCCCCACAAGGUGUUUGACCCGGUGACGCAAGAAGAUGUCACCGUCGAGGAUGCGAGCCGGUCAGAUCUGCGACUGCAAGAGCGAUACAUCACCGAACAAGGACCCGUAGCUCACUCGGCAGACCUGAAGAGCCUGUUCACUGCCCUGCCCGACAAGAGCAGGACCAACUUACUCUACUACGAGCAUCCUCCCGCUGACUGGGACCGAUUGCUGCUCAAGAUUCGGAACUUCCUACUGCGCUAUGUCAGCGUGCUCGCGCUCGCGACGGUCAUCUACACACACUUUGCCAGUUCGCGUAUAGCGACGACACUCUUUCUCGGCUUUGUUGGCGCUUCAGGCUUUGUUGCCUUUACAAGGAUCACGUCUAGCUAUCAUGAUACGGUCUGGAGUACAGAGAAAGUACGCGGCAAAGCAGCACAGGAGAGCAAGGUGCCAGAAUCAACCGAAUGGCUCAACAACCUAGUCUCUGGCGUGUGGCCCAUUAUUGACCCAGUCAUCUUCGAGUCGAUGAGCGACGUACUCGAAGAUAUUCUGCAGGCCAAUGUGCCGGGCAUCAUCAAUUCUGUCAAGCUAGUCGAGAUGUCGCAAGGUACAACACCGAUACGGAUACUCAGCAUGAAGCCGUUGCCGGACAAAGACCUGGAAGAGAUCACCUCGCGCCAACAUCGCGAAGAUCAGGACGAGGAUGCGCAAGUCGGCGCGUUCAGCAAUCUCGAAGUCGUCUUCUGCUACAGAGCUAUUCACGAUGACUCGUCGCUCGAGGCAAAGCUACGCAACAUUCGAAUAGCGCUGCAGUUCUUCGUGGGUGCGAAGAAGCUCGUCAGCAUUCCUUUGCCAAUCUGGAUAGAGGUUCUCGGUAUCGUCGGUCGCAUGCGUAUUCGGAUACAAACCGUCUCUCAGGCGCCCUUUGUGCGCAACGUGACGAUCACCCUCAUGGGUUUACCGCGUGUCGAGAUCUCUGCCAUUCCAAUGUCGACGUACCUGCCGAACGUGAUGAAUUUGCCGCUGAUAUCGCAUUACGUAGCUUCGUGUAUUGACGCAGCUAUGGGCCAGUAUGUCGCUCCCAAGUCGCUCACUCUGGAUAUCGGCGAGAUGAUUACGGGAGAUGGCAUCAAGAAGAAGCUCGAGACGUUCGGUGUGCUCAUCGUCAACAUCAACUGGGCAAAAGAUCUGCCAAAAAGCGACACAUUUGGGAGCUCCGAUUCAUACGUUGCCGUCGAAUAUAGCAAGAUAGCCAAACCCAUCUAUUCUACUCGGAUCUGCGCCGAUGAUACGCAACCUGUAUGGCACGAAGUCGCGGUCAUACCCAUUUCUUCUGCUGCCGUGAAAGCCGCUGAGCGUAUCAAGCUGACUUGCUAUGAUAGCGAUCGAUUCUCACCCGACGAUCCUCUGGGAACGAUCACGAUCAAUCUCGACUAUCUCAUGAGGCAUCGAGGCAAGGUACAGCAUCACGAAGAUAAGCUUAACACGCCAGAUGGAAAGCCAUCAAAUGAUUGUGGCACGCUCUGCUUCGACGUGGGCUACUACGGACUGCGUCCGCUUGACUUUGGCAGACAAGGGACCGGCCAAGAUCCCCGGAUUCCCCAAGAACUCAUUGAAAAGGAGCAAGCACUGCAAGAAGAGCAGGCAGAGACGCUCAAAAAGCCACCCAUUCUGCGCACGCCGCCUGAUCCGGAGUAUCUCGCCGGCUUGCUGUCCGUGACGGUCGUCUCAAUUGUUGGUCUACACCACAAAGCCUCAGUCGGACGCGAAACACGCCGCAGUAUGAAGCCGUACGAGAAGGGCACACAGGAUGAGGAGACGGAAUCGCAGGAUCCCGCUGCAGAUGGUGCAUCCGCACCCUCGGCCUACUGCAAGAUUGCAAUCAACGAUGAACUCGUUUACAAGACUCGCAACAAGCCGUAUGCUUCGCAUCCUGUGUUCAAUGCUGGCUGCGAGCGCUUCAUACCCUCCUGGAAAGAAGGUCUCGUGCAGAUUGCUGUAAGAGACAGCAAAGACAGGGAGGCCGAUGCGCUGCUCGGCGUCGUUGUGAUCCGGCUUCGUGACGCCUUUGAGAACGCAUCUUGCUCUCAAAAAUUUUAUCCGAUCGAGGGGGGCACAGGCUCAGGUAGGAUGUGUGUUGGCUUGUUAUUCCGCUCAGUCGACGUCAAGCUACCGCGGACAUUCGCUGGCUGGAAUGUCGGUACUGUUCGACUGCUGUCGGAUCUCAAGGUGGUCGAGCCCUCAGAGGGCUACAGCCUCAGAGAUUUCUCAGAUGUCGCGCUACGACUGACAACCGCAAGCUCGCGCAAAGCCAUCUCGAAGCGCAAGUCUACGAGCAGCGAAGAUGCGAUCAGCUGGAGUACAGCCGUGGAGGAUCCUCCGUACCGCUUGCCGAUAAAGCGGCGUAACGCGACUGCACUGGCGAUUGAAUUCAGAAAGCGGGGUAGUUCACUCCGACUGAGGUCGUUUGCGAUCGCGACCCUGUGGCUGCAUCAGUUGGAAGAUAACACAGAGACAGUAGUGCGGCUACCGAUCUGGAAAACGACGCACAUCAAGCGCGUCAUGUCGUCUAUCAUCGAGGGCGAGAAGAGCAAUGUUCAAGUCGAGCAGAUUGCGAUAUUGACUUUCCGAGUUUCAUUCAAGUCAGGCCUAGGUGAUGUACAUCAUUUCUCAAAAUCGGCCGAAGAUGUCGACAUGAUGGAAGCAUGGGAGGCUGCAGUCUCGGAAGGACUACGCAAGCGCAAAGGCGACUUCUACGAUCAUGGGCAGAAUCAGCAGCCUGACGUUAGCAUUCAGUCGCAUGACAAGGUGGCCAAGAUUGACGAUACUACCGUCUCUGAUCGAGCGAUGGGCCAGCUACCAUCUGCAAAUGGCUACGAAGACGAGAGCGCAGGAGAAAAUGAUUCGGAAGAGGAGGAAGUCAGUGACCAUGGUGAGGACGAGACAGACGUCCAGAAGCAGCGCAAGACACAACACGAGGGUAAAUAUAAGCACAAGGUAAUUCGGUCGGCCGAUUGGAUGGCCCAAUCUGUCAAAACGUCUUCGCAUCAGCUCAAGCACGCAUUCUCACUACACGCUAAGGAACCGGAUGUAGAGACCGAGAUCUGA